AUGCACAGACUACUGGACGGGCAGAGUGCAGAUGAGUCCCGGCGCCUGCAGCUUAGAUUGGCUGGAUGCUGCCUCCCAGUUCGAGCCAAGUGUAGGGACUUGAAUGCUGGCCUCGCAUCGCAUGGCCUUGACACUGCCCUCAGCCAGCGGUUCUUUGCGGUCCGCGCAUCAGCACCGGGAGCCUCCGUACCUCACGUUUCGAGGGUGUCCGGGCAAAACCUACAGUCACAAGCGCGCUUCAAUAGUCAGAGAGCGCUUGCACUGGGCACUGCUCUUGUUGGAGCCUACGCUUCCAAGCGGAUGUCAUCUCGAGGCACCUCCUACGCCGCCCUGAAGGCGACGGCCACGCUAGAAAGCUGGGAAGGACUCGCCACUGAGGCUCGCCAGACGAAAGCAGGCGAGCAGGUGCUCAAGUCCUGGGAAGACCGGGUGCAAGGCCUGAUCCCGCACACAGAUGCCAAGGUGCGCUACUUUGGCAAGGAUCGAAGUAAACCUCGAGUAAAGAUUUAUCGAGAUCAGGCAGCAUGGUGUCCCUAUUGCCAGAAGGUUUGGCUGCUUCUCGAAGAGAAGCAGGUUGACUACGAAGUGGAGAAAGUGCCGAUGCGAUCGUACGGUGACAAGCCCAGGGAGUUCAUGGCUCUGGUUCCUCGCGGGCUUUUGCCAGCCAUGGAAAUAGAUGGCAAGGUCAUGACAGAGAGCUUGGACAUCAUGUUCACUAUCGAAGGUGCGUUUCCAGAUCCAGACAAGCCAAUGUUUCCAGCCUCGGGACCACUGCGGGACCGAGCUGCUAAGCUUCUCAGCCUGGAACGACAACUCUUCGGCGCAUGGUGCUCAUACUUAUUCCGACCAGAGAUGCCGUUGAUUGGUGGUUCCGAAAGGGAUUUCACUAGCGCCCUACAAGCAGUUGAUUCCGAGCUGGCGAAGAACACAGAGUCGCCGUUCUUCCUGCCUUACCAGCACCCGACCAUCGUGGACAUGCAGUAUGUCUCUCAUGUAGAGCGUGCAGUUGCGAGUGCCAUGUAUUACAAAGGGUAUGACGUGCGCAAGAAGUUUGCACACAUCGACGAGUGGCUUUCUGCAUACGAGAAGCUGCCGCACUACGUGGCGACGAAGAGCGACUACUACACGCACUGUAUGGACAUUCCUCCGCAGUACGGCCCAUGUUUUUCCAAUGACAACGCAGAAGCUGUGCGAGCAAGAGAGGACAUUGAUCCUCAAAGCGCCAAGCUCCCUGCACAAUGGCAGACAAGUGUUGAGCCCCCAACACCGGAGCAGCUCGAAAGGUCGGAGGAGGACUAUCGGAUUGAGGCGGCGAUGCGGCUCACCGAGAAUCAAAAGGCAGUCACCCGAUUCUGCUGCCGUGCAGCCGGAGGCGAUGUGGGCUCUUGGGCGCGAGGUAAUCCGACGAAAUGUGAGCUUGCAGAUCCUUAUGCCAGGCCGAAUGACGACUAUGCGCCUGGAGUGAAUGUGGUGCUUCGCUCGAUUGCCACCGCCCUUCUCAAAGGGGACCCAAGCCCUGUGCUGAGCAUCAAGGCCUCCGUCGAGAAAGAGGCGAAGAUGUCCGGACGCGAUCUUGAGGUCAUCGCGGAUUGCAUUAGCUACCUGCGGGACCGGGUUGGAUCGCCACGAGAUCUCUCCAUGCCCGCCGCCAAAAUCUUGCGCGCGCAUUUGGCAGAAGCAGUCAGGCAGAGAAAGGGCUACAUCAUCAAUGGCAGCCCUCCACAGCAAGAGCCAGCAAAUCGAGCAAGGCGGCCAAAGUGGCGCUUGUGCUUCAGGUUGGACCGACAAACGGUGUCAGCCAAAGAGUCGCUGGAACAUCUAGCACCGAAGUACCAGCACGACUUCUUCUUGACCGUUGUCGAUCCGCCGGCUACUGGUUCUUUCAGAGAAUCGCCACCAGCGCCCUUCUUCGCAUCAAGGGUGGCCUGUCACGUUGCAGACUUGGUGGCGAGUCGGCCCAUGAUCGCGCAGCUGGCUGGUCGAAGUUUCGAAGGCAAAGCGCUGGCGAGCAUAGGCGCUGAAUGCAUGGCGGCUGGGCUCUGUGCAGCAAUGCUGGGGGCAAAAAUCGCCUUCGUCUGCGAGAGGAGCCUGGAGCCUCACGUGCAGCACAACGUGCGCCUGUUUCGCAGGGACACCUUGGACUACACAAAGACCAAGACAAAUGUUCUCGCUGUUGCCCCUUGCAGCCCAGGGAGGUGCGGCCACUUGGAUGCGGAGGUCUUGUCUGAGAAGUUGCAGGCACCUUCUCUGGACAUGGUAGUUCUCACCGAGGUGAGCUUCGCGAGAGUUGUUGGCGACUUCGGCGGGCUUGUUGGAAACCGCCGUGGUGAGGUGUCAGCCAUUUUUCAGAUGCUCGGGAAGCUGAUCCCAGCGAGAAGCUGCACAAAAGCUCUUGUGAUUUGUGACCACAGCUUCGCCAUAUCAGAGGAGUCCAACCGAAGAGCCAGGGCAGACGAGGAAGGCGAUGGACUGCCGCCAGGUCUGAGUGCAGCCUUGCCGCCGGAAUGGCACGCGCGACCGUUCUGCGUACUCCCACAGGGCAUCCCAGUGAUCUGGCUGGAGCGCCAGGAUGCCGAGCUUGUGCGGCGAAAGCCGGCGCCGAUCGUGCCGCGAGCUCCGAUGCCGCCCAUGGGUGCAUCCUCCUCCAGAUGUGGUUGUGGAGGGCACAUGCAGAGCCCUCUUCUUGGCCAACGAGUUGAGAGCAAAGAAUGGUUCGCAAACAAUGCCAAGUUGAAGGAGGUCGCAGUGCUUUGCAGAAGCUUUCAGAUCUUCAAGUGGCUAAGGCAGCGUUUCAUCCAGGAGCCCAGGCAGCUGCCAUAUUCUCGCCAUGCCAGUGAUGGCAAGGAUGUCUGGGAUGCUUUGACGCUGAUGGACGCAGCUCUUGACAGCACUGGCCGCAUCAUUCUGCUGUACUCGGGCUACGAGAUCGACCCAGGUCAGAAAGAUCACGAGUACCAGGCCGGCUGGAACCGGGAACACGUGUGGCCAAAGAGCCACGCUGCCCUGUCCACCUCGAAACCAGGGCCCGGGACAGAUAUUCACAAUCUUCAUGCUGCUGACAUCAGCGUGAAUGCCCACAGGGGCAACAAGGACUUCGAUGAGCUUGUGGAGGGCCAGCCGGGAGUCCAUGUCGUUACUGACUCGAGCCCACCGCAAGGAUACUCUGGCAUGGCACGUCUUUGCCUGGUGUCUGACACCACGUGGGAACCACCGGAUGCCGCCAAGGGCCCGGUGGCCAGGUCCUUGAUGUAUAUGGCUUGCAUGUAUGCCGACCGGGGCUUGAAGCUUGUGAGCGGCAAGACGCAGAAUCACAGCAUGCAGCUGGGAAACCUAGAGGCGAUUUUGCGCUGGGCGAAGAAGUUUCCGCCAAGCGAACGAGAAAGGAAGCGAAACGAAGCACUGCAGUCUCACAACAGCGUCAAACAGAUGGAGGCAAACCAUGUCUUGCAGGAGGCCAGGGCUUGGGCUGACAGCGUGUCGCUUUCCCAGUUCCUCUCGGGCGGCUCCUCGAAGGUGUCCUACUCAGAGCCGUCACAGUGCUCAACAGAAGGUUUGAAUGCCACCUAUUGCAAUCCGAAGACUUUUCGAAAGACGCUUCCUGCUCCCAGCAGUGCGCGAGAACACAGGCGAGCGAUCAUGUAA